GUCCCGUAGCUCGCUACAAUCGCAAUCAUCGGAAGAGCUUUGACGCGCAUUUGAUCCUCCAUGUGCAUUCAACAUCAGAGACAUGCGUAAAAGCCGUUCGUCGCGCAAGGCACCGAAGUUCAACACUCUCAGCUGACAAGAACGCUUAUGGGGGGCUUAUCAAACUUCACAUUGAGAUGGCGGAGGUUGCAAAAGGUCCCGAAUACAGUAAUGACCCUGGGCGUCAGCGAUUGGCCGAGCGCGCUAUCCCUUCUCUUGCAUGCUUACCAUCGGAUCCUCUAGGUACGAUAAGAACGAGGCAGAAUCACCUGUACCACCUCCGGUACAUUUACCAUAAAUCAGAUCUGAAGGGAUUCAAGGAGCAGAAACCAAUGGAAAAGAGAGACUCGUCGUCCAUUACAAAUCACGACGAAAAGGAGCGAAGCUCUGAUCUGGAACACCCCGUUCCAAUUCUAGGCAAGGAUGGUGCUCAAGCAGACAAGCAACUCGAUAUAUCUUUGGCUCUUCCUGGUAUGCUUGGGGUGCACAAGGACGAUGAAGUCGAUCCAGCCGAAUCGAGAAGAGUGAAGAGAAAGCUAGACUGGAGGAUUGUACCCUUGUUGAUGAUGUGA